CAUUUUGAAAUCUACAUCAUCUCUGCAGUAAAAGGUCGUUCUGUUCGUGGGGAUGACAAGCCUGAGACCCUCGGGUACCCACUGCAGUCACUUGUGAUCCCAUCAAACAGUGGAAGACCAGGAAUCAGGACAGACUGUCAAGUGCUUGGUGCUGUGAUUGGGGAUGGACAGUCAGCUGUGGCCAGCAACAUUGCCAACACCACCUACCGGCUCCAGUGGUGGGACUUCACUAAAUUUGAUCUGCCUGAAAUCAGCAAUGCCUCUGUGAACGUGCUUGUUCAAAACUGCAAGAUUUACAAUGAUGCUAGCUGCGAUAUCUCUGCCGAUGGACAGCUGCUGGCAGCCUUCAUUCCGAGCAGUCAAAGAGGCUUCCCUGAUGAGGGAAUACUGGCUGUGUAUUCUCUGGCACCCCACAACUUGGGCGAGAUGCUUUACACAAAGCGAUUUGGCCCUAAUGCCAUUUCUGUGAGCCUGUCUCCAAUGGGCAGAUACGUAAUGGUGGGACUGGCUUCCCGACGUAUCCUGUUGCACCCUUCCACAGAACACAUGGUUGCUCAAGUCUUCAGGCUGCAACAGCCCCACGGUGGAGAAACCUCUAUGAGGAGAGUUUUCAACGUUCUGUACCCAAUGCCUGCCGACCAGAGAAGACAUGUCAGCAUAAACUCUGCUCGCUGGCUGCCUGAGCCAGGCCUGGGAUUAGCAUACGGCACCAACAAAGGGGACCUGGUGAUUUGCCGACCAGAGGCCUUAAACUCUGGAGUUGAGUACCAUUGGGACCAGCUGAAUGAGAAUGUCUUCGCUGUGCAUUCCAGCAGCAGGAGCACUGAGCGGCCUGGAACCAGCAGAGCCACAUGGAGGACAGACAGGGACAUGGGCCUGAUGAAUGCCAUAGGCCUGCAACCCCGAAACCCCCCCACCUCUGUGACUUCGCAGGGUACCCAGACCUUGGCGCCUCAGCUGCAGAAAAAGGAGGUACAGGAGCAGGAAUCCGCCUCUGCAGGGACUGGGGAAGGUGAAGGUCCAGAAUAUGGGGCCAGUGGGGAGGAUGCCCUGAGCAGGAUCCAAAGGCUGAUGGCAGAAGGCGGCAUGACUGCCGUGGUCCAGCGGGAGCAGAGCACCACCAUGGCGUCCAUGGGUGGCUUUGGCAACAACAUCAUUGUGAGCCACCGGAUCCACCGCAGCUCUCAGACUGGUGCAGAGUCCGCUGGAGCUGAGGGCACGUCAGCACAGCAGUCCACCUCGCAGCAGCUGGCAGCUGAGCUGGAGGGACGGAUCCUUUCAGAGUCUAUGCAGCUGUCAGAGCAUGGCCUGAGCCCGCGGACAGCCUCUAGCGGGAGUGAAGGACAAAGAGCUGGUGACCUGGACCUGCCAGAGCAGGCCCAGUCCUCCAUGGACACUGAGGGACCAAUUGAAUACAGUGACCUAACUAAUAAUAACCAUCUUCCUGACAGUACCAACUUCUAUAGUAAUGACAGCACCAGUGGGGAGUCGCGGAACAGGUAGAGAUUGAGUUGUGUGUUGGUGCUACCCUUGUACUGCUCAGCAGAGACCUGUACCUCACAGCUGGCCAAGAGCUGGAAGAGUAGGGACGUGUGGCUCUGACAGGAUGCUGGUGGUCCAGAGGGCUUCUCUAUCCUGGGUAGGUGGGAAGGGAUAAGGAUUGCAAGGGAAGCCAUGGGGAAGAAAGCAUACUUAACUUCCAACAUUCCCACUGCUGAAGAGUUAACAGGAAUAGGAACCAUACUGGCUGCACAUCAUGCAGAUUUUGAAGCCCCAUGGGAUCCCCUCAGCUCAGCCCUAACCCUGCAAUUCGGUCAGUGUCAUCCUUUGUAAAGCUUCUUUCCUUUUCUCUUUCCUGCCCUUUUACGCCCAGGGGCUGAUCAGCAGAGCGAAGAAAGGGAAGGGGGUCUGCAGCAUCCUUCUGGAGACAGGCAGUCCUGCUGGGCAAACCUGGGCUUGAUGCUCCAGCUCCGUUGCUGGAGUGGAGGAGUCUUCCAGGCCACAGUCCUGCACUGUGGUCUUUUCUGGGAAGAACUGGGCUUUGCCAAAACCUGCAUGGCUCAGGAUCUGCUCACAGGCGGGGAUCUUUCCUUUUUAGAGAGUUAGUUUAGUACUUGGCAGGAACCUAAGCAGAGCUGCUGUAUAGAUGGGUAGAGGGACAGGGGCUACGGCUCCCUAGUCAGGAUGCAGUUCACGCAAGGAUGUUCUAAGCUGUGCCAAUAUUAACGUGAGUGAGCCAUCCCAGUGGUUCCAUGGUGCCAGGACUGAGCUGCACCUCCUUGGCAGGGGGCGGGAAGUGUCUUUCAGCUCCAGGCCAGGGUGUGA